AUGAAGUUUCUGCUUAAGAAAUGUCUGCGCAAGAAGACGCCCGAGAUGAAACCAGGCGCCAUACUGGACGCAGUCAUCUCCCAAUCCAAUGCCACAGCCUGCAAGUGUUUGCUCUAUAAGCUGGCCGACUAUAAGCGAGGUGGUGAUCUAAUCGAUGCCAUCAAUACGGGCGGACUGAUUGCCGUGGAGCAGCUGAUACGCGAGCAGUUUGGCGUCUUUAUGUAUAACGAUGGCAAGGGCCAGGUGAUUAAUCGCGCCGAGUUCUUGCGCUGGAAGUAUCGCGAUCAUACGGAGGUCACCAUACCCAUUGAGGCAUCGCUCUCCAUACACGAUCCGCUGGGCAAGUGGGAGGACCACAAGGCCUGCUGGCAAAUGCAGUAUCGUGGCGCGCUGGGCGAGAGUUUGCUGCACGUGCUCAUCAUUUGCGACUCCAAGAUUCAUACGAAGCUGGCGCGCGUGCUGCUGCGCGUCUUUCCCAAUCUGGCGCUGGAUGUUAUGGAGGGCGAGGAGUACUUGGGCGCCAGUGCGCUGCAUCUUUCAAUUGCGUAUAGCAACAAUGAGCUUGUGGCCGAUCUCAUCGAGGCGGGUGCGGACAUCAAUCAGCGCGCCAUCGGCAGCUUCUUUCUGCCGCGCGAUCAGCAGCGCACCAAUCCGGCCAAGAGCACCGACUACGAGGGCUUGGCCUACAUGGGCGAGUAUCCAUUGGCCUGGGCCGCCUGCUGCGCCAACGAAAGUGUCUACAAUCUGCUGGUCGACUGCGGCGCCGAUCCGGAUGCGCAGGACUCCUUUGGCAACAUGAUACUCCACAUGGUGGUCGUCUGCGACAAGCUGGACAUGUUCGGCUAUGCGCUGCGGCAUCCCAAGACGCCCGCCAAGAAUGGCAUAGUGAACCAAACGGGACUCACGCCGCUCACCCUUGCCUGCAAGCUGGGCCGUGCCGAGGUCUUUCGCGAGAUGUUGGAGCUGUCGGCGCGUGAGUUCUGGCGCUACAGCAACAUCACCUGCUCCGGCUAUCCGCUGAAUGCGCUGGACACGCUGCUGCCCGAUGGCCGCAAACAGAUUGUCCCCCCCCCCCAUCAAUUCCAAUGUAAUUAAAUUUGUUUGACAGACUGGAACUCGGCGCUUUUCAUUAUCCUGAACGGCACCAAGCCCGAGCAUCUGGAUAUGUUGGACGGUGGCAUUAUUCAGCGUCUGCUCGAGGAGAAGUGGAAGACCUUUGCCCAAAAUCAGUUUCUCAAGCGCCUGCUCAUUCUCUCCACACAUCUGCUCUGCCUUUCCGUCUCCGUCUAUCUGCGUCCAGCUCACGAUGGCGAAGACGAAGCAGCCGAUGCACCCGCCACGGCUGCGCUCAAGCUGGAAAUCGAGAAUGGCGACAAUGCGGAUGCGGAUGGGGAUGACUAUAAUGCUCAGACUGUGGCUCGCUAUUGUGCCGAGCUGGCGACCAUAGCGGGCGUCCUAAGCUAUGUAAUCUUCCAGCAGGGCGAUGAGAUCAAGAAUCAAGGACUCUCUGCUUUUCUCAAGCAGCUGUCGCAUGCGCCCGCCAAGGCAAUAUUUCUGUUCUCCAAUCUGCUGAUCCUCGCCUGCAUACCGUUUCGUUUAAUUGGCGACACGGACACCGAGGAGGCCAUACUGAUUUUUGCUGUGCCUGGCAGCUGGUUCCUGCUCAUGUUCUUUGCCGGCGCUAUACGGCUAACUGGACCCUUUGUUACCAUGAUCUACAGCAUGAUCACGGGCGACAUGUUCACCUUUGGCAUCAUCUACUCCAUAGUGCUCUGCGGCUUCUCGCAGGCAUUUUACUUUCUCUACAAGGGACAUCCCCAGGUGCAGUCCACCAUGUUCAAUACGUACACCAGCACCUGGAUGGCGCUCUUCCAGACCACGCUGGGUGACUACAAUUAUCCGGAUCUGAACCAAACCACGUAUCCAAAUUUAUCGAAAACGGUCUUUGUCAUAUUCAUGAUAUUCGUGCCCAUUCUGCUGCUGAACAUGUUGAUUGCCAUGAUGGGCAACACCUAUGUGACCGUCAUUGAGCAAUCGGAGAAGGAGUGGAUGAAGCAAUGGGCCAAGAUUGUGGUCACGCUGGAGCGCGCGGUGCCGCAAUCGGAUGCCAAGGGCUAUCUGGAGGCCUACUCUAUACCACUCGGUCCGGCGGACGAUACGGGCUUUGAGGUGCGCGGCGUCAUGGUGAUCAAGAGCAAGAGCAAGACGCGCGCCAAGCAGCGCAAGGGCGCCGUAUCCAACUGGAAGCGUGUGGGACGUGUCACGUUGACGGCGCUGAAGAAACGCGGUAUGACGGGCGAGGAGAUGCGUCGCCUUAUGUGGGGACGCGCCUCCAUCUCCAGUCCAGUGAAGGUGACCAAGCAAAAGCUCAAGGAUCCCUAUAAUCUGCACACGGAAUCGGACUUCACCAAUGCCAUGGACAUGCUCACCUUUGCCAACAAUCCAGCCUCCAGCAAUGGCGUCCUACUGCGCUCUGCCACCGCCAGCACGGUGACUGCCGCAGCUGUGGCGACCCCGGAUCCAUUUCGUGAGCUUAUACUCAUGUCGGAUAAGCGGCCGGAGACGCAUGAUCCGCAAUACUUUGCCGGUCUACAGCAGCUGGCCAAUAAGGCGCUUGAGCUGGUCGAGCAGACACUCAAGGCGCAGCCACAGCUGGCCAAGAAGCCAGUGGCGCCUGCAGCAGCAGCAGCAGCUCCAGUAGCAGCAACGACAGCAGCAGCAGCAGCAGCUCCAGUGCCUGACACAGCGGCCACGCCAGCUCUGGCUUUGCCCAUGCCCGGCAAUCUAAGCAACUUGUUUCAGGAUCCCAAAGAGAUUGUGGAUCCCAAAAAGCUGGAGGAGUUCAUGAACAUGCUCGCCGAGGUGGAGACCGAGGAGAGCGACAGUGGUGGUCCGAUCUUAGGCAAACUAUCGCUGGCCAAGCGCACGCACAAUGCGCUCUCCAAGGCGGAUAUACAGCGAGCUGCCCAUGGCGAAGGCAAAGCCAUGUGCUCGGUGUGGGAGCAGCAGCUGCCACAGCUGGACAUAGACGUUGGCUUGAAUUUUGAUGAAACUGUAGCGGAAGAAGUGCUUACCAUUGAGCAGGAGGCCGAGGUGGAGACCGAAGACGGCAAUGGCGGGCAAGAGGAGAGCGAGGACUUGCCCACAGCGGACGAGGUGCAUGCCACCAUGAAGCAGUUCCAUUUGCGCAAAUGCCAGCCCAAGCAGGACGAGGCAGCGCGUCGUGCCAAAAGCGCGCGCAUAAGACGCAGAAAUAAAGUGUCACCGGAGCAAAGCGAAGCAGAGGCAACGACAACGGCAACGACGACACGUGGCCGCUCGGCACAUGCGCGCAAAAAUCAGCAGACAUCACCGCCCGAUCCGCUGGAGCCUUGGAGCACCCGUGAGCUGCAGGAUAUUAACAAAAUACUAGCAAGGAAAUGAGCAGACA